ACGAGGUUGACUAGAGGCAGCGUCUCCACGUUGCUAAGCAACAGCCAAGAGCCGCUGCCCAAGGGGCUCGUGCCCCGCCGCCAGCCACCCCAUGGCAAAGUUCGUGCUGGCUGGUAAGGCAGACUGUCCAUACUUUGCUAAGGCAGAACUUCUGGCUGACUAUCUUCAGAUUAAUUUGCCUAAUUUCAAGAUACACAAGAUUACUCAGCAUCCUGACAAGUGGGAGCAGUGGCUUCGUGAUAUCUGUGAAAAGAAUGGAUGGAAACACAAACGUUCACCUAUUGUUUGGCGGGAAUUAUUGGACCGUGGAGGGAAGGGCCUGCUUCUGGGAGGAUUUAACGAUUUUAUGGAGCAUGCCCAGCAUUACUAUGGCAUCACCUCGGACAUGCUGAGUGAGCAGAUGCUGAGAAUUGCUAAGGAGAAUUUGCAGACCCACAUAGAAAUUGAGAAAGAGAAGGAAUAUAUUAAAAGUCUUAUCAACCCCUUGCAGGUCUGGAUCAGCAGUGCAUCAGCUCCUGCCUGCUAUAACCUGAUUCCAUUAUUGGCUAAUGGAGAAGUGUUUGGGAUGGCAACAGAGGUUAGCAUUCAUCUGCUUGACAGUAGCCAGUACAAGGAAAUUCUGCAUGGUAUUGUAAUGGAGGCUGAAGACUUAGCAUUCCCCCUCCUUCGCAGUGUCUCAAUGCACACUGAAUUAGAUGAUGCCUUUGUUCAGGCUGAUAUUGUAGUUUUGCUUGAUGAUAUCCUCUUUCAACACGAGAUCCCAUCACUUGAAGACUGCAUCAGACAGGUGACUGAGCAAUGUAAGGUGUAUGGUUCCCUGAUUGAGAAGAAUGCCAACAGCAGGGUCAAAGUUAUUGUGUCAGGAAAAACCUUUGUGAACCUUAGGGCAUUAAUGAUUAUGACAUUUGCCCCAUCCAUUGAUGGCCAGAAUAUUGUCGCUGUGGCAACGUUCUUGGAAAAUGCAGCUAAAGCUAUGCUGGCCAGGAAACUGAAUAUGAAUUCAGCAGGAGUCAAAGAUGUGAUUGUUUGGGGUAAUAUCAGUGGCAAUAGCUACGUUGAUCUGUCUAAAGCAAAAGUUUACAAAUAUGACAGUGCUAUCUGGGGCCCACCUAACUUUUCACGUCAUUUGCUGGACAUGAUCUAUGAUGGCAACUGGGUGCGUUCAGAAUUUGCAUUUGUACUGAGUUCCCUGAGUUCCCGAGGGCAUCACUGCUUAGGCAUGUCACCUGCUCAUGUAAUAGCUACUGUGCUGAGAUACUGGUAUCAAGACUCUCCUCCUGGGGAGAUUGUCUCAAUGGGAAUACUCAGCGAAGGUCAAUUUUGUAUCCCUGAAGGGAUUAUCUUCUCCAUGCCUGUGAGGUUCCGGGAUGGUAGCUGGGAGGUCAUUACAGAAACAGAAAUUAGUGAAGAAACUCAAGAAGCUUUGAAGCGUUUAGCCCAUGAUCUGAUACAGGAAAAACAAGUUGCACUAGGGGAAAUACCAGAAAUGCGUCCAUAUAAAGAACCUGCAUUCAAUGGCUUCAAUCUGCUAGCACUUCUAGAAGAGGAAAACGUUCAAACACCCCCAGAGGAUGCACAUACUGGGAAACAGGAAGAGGAAUGGGAGUGGUAUUGCUGCAGCUCCAAACCUCCAGUGACCCCCGGAGUAUUUUGGUCUCUCAUCAUAGUCCACAGCCCCAGUGAUGAAUUCUUGAUAUAUGAAGAGCUCAGUGAUCCACACUGGCCACAUCCUGGUGCUCUCAGAGACCUGGACACCUUAUCCAAUGGCUUACUUCAGCCAGAGACCCAGGAAGGAGAAAAAGUCCAAGCAACUACUGAUGAACCUGAAGCUCCACCCGAUGGGUUACUUCAGUCAGAGAUGCUGGAAGAAGAAAAAGUCCAAGUGCCUAUAGAUGAUCCUGAAACUUCCUCUGAGAGCUUAAAUCAAUCAGAGACCAGUCUGAGCAAUGCAGAAAACAAUGAAAACCCUUAAAUAAUUUCUGAUCAAGUAAACUACGGCAAGGGAUAUGCUAUUGUACUUGGAACAUAUUACUUCUGUGAUCUGACAGAGACACAUUCAUGGCUUUGAACCUUUACAGGUUUUCUUUUGUAGUAGUUAUUUAAGAAUGUAUAGGAACUGGCACAUUUGAAAAAAAAAAAAAACAACCCACCACACACACACACACCUCAUGGUAAUUGAUUCUAUAGGGCUGCAAAUUUAAACACAAAUUCAAUAAAUGAAAAUGUUAAAAUUAUUUUAUCAAUAAGUAAUUCAUAUUGCAUGUGCUGUAUAUUAAAGUAAAUAUUUAACAGCCUAAGCAAAAAUCUUAGGCCAAAAUUUUCAAAAACGAGAGCUUAACUUUAAGCAUCCCUUUUUUAAAAUGCUGUUUUACUUUUAUUUGUUUUCUGAUACCUGUAUGUUUGAAUUAGUAAUAUUAAUAUUGUAUUAAAAUAAGAAAUUGAAAUGA